AACCAAAUCUCACUUUUAAUAACGAAUUUUAAGAAAACGAUUCUUGCCACUUCAUGUAUAAAUUUUUGCUACUAUUUACUAUUUAUUUUUUCAAUAUCAUACUAGGAAUAAUCAAUAUGUUUCCAAACGAAUCAUUGCCUAAAAUCAAAUAGCAAAAAUGGGUUUCUGUUUAUCCUGACAUCGAUAAUCCGCCCAAAAUGGCUGAUUUACCCUUGUUCUGAAGCUAUUUUGUCUUUUCAUGGAUUCAGUUAAUGAAACUGAUAACUGAAAAUCUUUCUGACGAGCUGAUAAUCGAUCUCGAAGAAAACGUGGUAGUUGGAAGACGCCAUCAUGGCUACACAGAUAGACGAAGUUCAAUCGAUUUUCGAUGAGGUUGAAAGUUCAUCAAAAGUGGAAGAAAGCAAUACAGUUUCCUUUUCCUAUCGACGAGGUAGCCGUCCAGCCCGUGCGGUGAAUGCCCAUGUACCAAAUUCACGUUCAAAAUGCACUAAACAGAGAGGGAGACCACAAAAUAUAGGAAAAAAAUCAGUUACUCAUGAGAAAGAAACCACAGGACCUGGUGGAAAAGCUGAUGUUUUCCCAGAAAAUCAACAACAAGAGCCUGACGUACAGGCUGGUAGUAAUAAAGGCAUGGGAGUUGAUGCUUUUAUUCCUGAAAAGGAUGAGGAAGCGAAACUAUCAUUUAAAGUUAAUCAGUCACUAUCAAGACCCCCCUUAAGAAAACAAUUUCUGACAGAGGUUGAUGAACGAUUGGAAGUGAAGGAACAUUCCACCCACCAAAAUUUAAAUCAUGUGGAAGAAGAUAUUUCAAAUGUCGAUACAAAGGCAGCAGAAGCAGGGUUUUCUGAGCAAAUGAAGCAAGAACAAGAAAAGUUGUUAAAUAAUAAAAAUUUAUCCCCUUCUAGGAAACGGAAGCGAAGAAUUGCAAAAUAUACCGCAGGAGAAACACCAAAAUAUCCGAAGGACGACACAAGCGAACCAAACAACAGUCGCGAUUGAAUUCCAGUCUUAUUAACCGCGUGAAAAACUCGCCAGACGAUUCAAAAAUAUUAUAGACGUCAAAGAGAUUAUGAAAGACAUGUCAAAGUUGUUGCCUCGUGUCGUUCUCGAACGAGUUUCCGUCUCACGUAUUGCUGCUCCAUCGGAACUCCAACUUGCCGAAGAACACGAGUCUUCCGCAAACCAUGCUAAAGAAGAACUAUCUAGAGCCGAAGCCGCAUCAUCAUUAGAACAAGGUGGUAAUGCUACUUCGGCGGAGUUAGGCUCUCUACGUCCGACUGAUGAAGACUGUAUGAUAUUGGACGUGUUCCUAUCCGCAGAUAAAAAAGAAGGCGAUGGGAGAUCAAAGAAUACUGUAAUAGGCCAGUCCGCAACCGAACCAGAAAUCGUAUCUGAAGAGUCUGUAACCAAAGAGAAGAGUUGCAUACCUGAAAACACAAGAAAUGCAGUAGCUGUAGACAGUCUCGCUGUGAUUGUAGAUGUCAACCUCGAUAUUUGCGUCGAUGAUGGAGGUCAUGUCGAGAUACAAGACGUCAAAAUUACGGGCCGAAAGAGAUCUGGCUCUCGUCAAGAGGAAAAGACAUCACCCAAAGUUAAACCAUUGAGAGGUCGUCGUGUUCGUACACCUAAAGCAAUGGCCGUUGAACCGGUAAGAAAACAAGAAAGAAUUGCAUACUCAAGAAGAAAACUUGCUGAACCUUCCUUGGACCCAUUGCCAUCAUCGAAUGGCACAGACGUAACCGAGAAAUCUGAGGCUACCUUAAGUCUUGGUACCACAGUCAAAGAGAAUGUCGUACAUGAAAAUGCGAUGGCUAUCUCUGAAGAGAAAAGAUCCCAUGUCGAGGAACAAGAAGGGCCAAGUGCUUCUGUUGCCGGAUUGCCUGAUAACAUCGAAAUAGCCAAAGAAAAUGAUAUUGAUGCUGGUAGUAGCAUUGCCAACCGAGAAGAAAUCAAAAUUGUACAUCUGGAAGAAGCGGCUUUAAAUGAAGAAAAAGAUUUGCUUACGACAGUGAAACCACCUAAACUUCGUCGUGGACGUGGAGGCCGCGUGAAAGUAGCUGCCCGUGAACCCACUACUGGCAAAAUAAAAAGUGUUGUCGGACAAUCGUCCGAUGGUGAAACAACCAAUUGCAGUGCAGUUUCCGAACAAACAAAUAUGGAAGAAUCUCCAACUUCAACAGUAAACACUUCACGGUACACCGCCAAUGCGACAUCAUCCUCGGAAAUUAAAAUGAAUUUAAAUUUGUUCGUACAAAUGACACGUGUUCCUGAGGUUGAAGCUCUAGCUGCUGCAUUGAAGCUGGAGGGAAGUAAAACAAGCGUGAAACGUCCCAGGCGCAAUGUGUCUGAUCCAUCCACUUCGUCCGGAGUUGAAUUAUCGGCAGAAUUCAGUUCCCCUGAGCUAAGUCUCAAACGUGUUCGAAAGAAAAAGAAAUUUUUUUAAAAAGGCAUUCCCAGUACCCACUUGUAUGUGUUUCGUUUUUGUUUUGGACCCACGAUUGCUUAAUUUUUUCGUGUGUCAAUUAAUUUUCAUUCAAUUUGUUUCUGUAAUCCCCGCUUUUAUUUCCUACGUUUCUCGUUCUUUCGGUAUACGCCUGUAUGGUCUACCACUUUUAAGGGAAGUGACUUGAGGUUUAGCGAAACGGUUAGUUUUAAUGAGGAAACCGUUGAGCAAUGUCACACAGAUACUCACAAAUUCAUGCCAACACGGAAUAAAGGUCAAUCUUUGUCUUCA